AUGAAGAGUGAGUUUCUAUUUAUUAUUUACUUUUUCUUAAUAUAGGUUUCCAAUUAGGAAUGCGUGAGAUAAAUUAAGGCAUCAUAAUCAAUAUUGAAUAAAAAUCACAAGAAUGUGUUAUAAUAAUAUUUUGGAGCAUUGAUUCCACAUGCAAGAUAUCAUAGGUUUUUGGAUGGAAAUUAUGGUUCUUUCUUAAAAGAUGAUGCUUAUACUAUUAUGACUAAUGGGGUGCCCUAUACCGAAAUAUUUUUUUAUAACGAAAAAAUUUCCGUAUCACCUAUGUAAAAAUAUUUAUUGAAUACAUUCAAAAUUUGGCUUUGGGAUUUCGGUUAUCUCACAAAUGAACCCAUCAGAUUUUAUACAAUUAUUAUUUAUGCUGUAUUGAAUGGAGUUCAGACCAAAAUUUAUGAUAGUAAUUUAGCCACUUCAAUAGUUACGAUAGCAUUUCCGGAUUAAUUUGUUGAGAGAUUUGAUGUAUUCAAUAUAAAAGGCAAUACAUUCAAUACAGGCCUGCACAUUAUGAAAGCUGAAGCAUAUUAUAAAUUUUCAUGA